GUAUUAGCCAAUUAUUUAAAAUAGUGGAAUCUGAGCAAAAAAAAGAAUGCUUUAUUCCAUAUACAUCUAUAAUAGAUAUGGGGAUAUUAUAUUUUUCAAAGAAUGGAAUCGCACACGCAGCCAAAAAGAUGGGGAGGCGGGCUUAGUCGCAGGGUUUAUCUACACCCUUCAGCACAUUUCUUCUCAGUUAUCUAAAACUGGAAAUGGGGGAUUGCGGGCGGUUGAAACGCCCUUGUAUAAGCUACACUAUUAUGAAACUCUUACAGGCUACCGUCUCGCACUUUUAACAAAGAAGGAGGUAAAUACCGCACUUGUUCAGAGUGUCCUGGCGGAGCUUUUUCGCGAAGUUUUCUCGAACCUUGUAACCCGGAACCCGUUCUAUCGACAUGAGCAGGGAUGCCUAAUUACUGGACCGGAAUUUGAGGAAAAUCUAGAUGGACUCUUUAGAAAGAAUAAGCUUCUUUGAGCAAAAGGUUAGGCAGGUUGCGAUUUUCAGCAUUUAGAGCUUACCAUUGUAUUUUCUUUCUUUGGUAUCAUUUAUGUUGCGCUAUUAUUUCUUUUAUUUGGUUCGUUGCUGCGAUUAUAUUUCUUAUCAUUGAGUAACACUAACAACAACAACAACAGGGGGAAAAAAAAGGGUAACACCUAUUGCUACCCCUUUUUCUGAAAUUAUGCCAAAGUGUUUUUUGGCGUUAAUCUUUGGUAA